GGCGGCGGCGGCCAUGUCGGUGCAGGAGGACCCGGUGCAGCGGGAGAUCCACCAGGACUGGGCCAACCGCGAGUACAUCGAGGUGAUCACCAGCUCCAUCAAGAAGAUCGCCGACUUCCUCAACUCCUUCGACAUGUCGUGCCGCUCCCGCCUGGCUACGCUGAACGAGAAGCUGACGGCGCUGGAGCGCAGGAUCGAGUACAUCGAGGCGCGGGUCACCAAGGGUGAGACGCUGACAUAGACGCCGCCGGAGCCCCGCGCCCCGCCGCCGCCGCCCGCCUCGCCCCGCCCUCCCCCGCCGGCGGGGCCGCAUUGCCGGGGGCCGCGGGGUGCCGCUGGGUGUCCCCGCCUGCACAGCGCCCGGCAACGCGCAUCUCCUCCUCCUCCUCCUCCUCCUCGUCCUCCUCCUGUCCGGGAGCUGAGUGGCACGAAGCAAGAAGCCGCCCCCCGGUUUGUCGCAGUUCUUCAGUGGGUGUCCGGAGCCGCGAACUCACCGCUCGUGUUGAGCGUUUUGUUGGCAGACCAUGGGCUUGGCGGCAGUAAAGGUCUUGUUGCUUCCCA